GGCUACACCUCUCUCUAAAUGCCAGGGUGCCUGGCUCAGAGCCUGGGCAGUUUCUUAGAGAACUGUCUCCUGCUGCUAGCACAGAUAUCCAUGAGACUGGAAUCCACACUGUCUGCUCAAAACUAGCUACCUGAAGCUGUCACCUCCUCACACCACUGUCCCUGGACACCUCCAGCCCUCUGUGUGCCGGAGUUCAGCAGCAUCAUGUCGCUUGCACACACAGCUGCAGAGUACAUGCUCUCUGAUGCCCUGUUGCCUGACCGCAGGGGCUCUCGCCUCAAAGGACUGCGCCUGGAACUACCACUGGACCAGAUAGUCAAGUUUGUUGCUGUAGGCUUCCCUUUGUUGCUGAUGUCCUUGGCAUUUGCUCAGGAGUUCUCCUCUGGGACUCCAAUCAGCUGCUUCCCUCCCAGUAACUUCAGCGUCAGGCAAGCCGCAUACGUGGAUAGCUCCUGCUGGGAUUCACUAGCUCACCAUGAGCAGGACGAAGCUGGCCAGUACAAGGUGAAAUCUCUCUGGCCGCACAAGGCCCUUCCCUACUCGCUGCUGGCCCUGGCUGUGGCCAUGUACCUGCCAGUGCUGCUGUGGCAGUAUGCAGCUGUGCCAGCCCUUAGCUCAGACCUGCUGUUUAUCAUCAGUGAACUGGACAAGUCCUACAAUCGCUCCAUCCGCCUGGUACAGCACAUGUUGAAGAUCCGGCAGAAGAGCUCUGACCCCCAUGUCUUCUGGGAUGAACUAGAGAAGGCCCGGAAAGAACGGUACUUUGAAUUCCCCUUGCUAGAGCGGUACCUGGCAUGUAAGCAGCGCUCACACUCUCUAGUGGCCACCUACCUCCUAAGGAACUCCCUGAUGCUCCUCUUCACAUCAGCCACUUACCUGUACCUUGGCCACUUCCAUCUGGGUGUCUUCUUCCAAGAAGAAUUCAGCUGCUCCAUCAAGACAGGGCUGCUGCAUGAUGAGACUCAUGUUCCGGAUCUGAUCAAGUGCAGGCUGACCUCCCUGUCUGUUUUCCAGAUUGUUAGCCUCUCCAGUGCAACAAUAUACACCCUGCUGGUUCCAGUGAUAAUCUACAACCUCACACGGCUGUGUCAGUGGGACAAACGACUCCUGUCCAUCUAUGAGAUGCUCCCAGCCUUUGAUCUCCUCAGUAGAAAGAUGCUGGGAUGCCCCAUCAAUGACCUCAAUGUGAUCCUUCUUUUCCUCCGAGCCAACAUCUCUGAGCUCAUCUCUUUUAGCUGGCUGAGUGUGUUAUGUGUGUUGAAGGACACAACUGCCCAGAAACACAACAUUGACACAGUGGUUGAUUUCAUGACUCUAUUGGCUGGAUUAGAACCCUCCAAACCUAAACAUCUUACCCAACAGGUGUGUGAUGAACACCCCUAGUUAAGAAAGAAACAGUGGAGUGAGAAGUUUUGUAGAAUGUAACUCUCCUCCUUCACAAACUAAACAGAGUAAUGGACAAAAAAAAAAUGCCCACUUUAGAAUUGCUAAGCUUGGAUUCAGCUGAGUUAUAUAUCCUGUAUUUAGAAUAAUAUAUAAUCAAGGGAUGAAAAACUAAAUGUGACUCUAGAACUGAAAAGCCAAAGAACUGAGAAGCUAGGUCUAGAACAUUUGGAGGAUAGUAAAAUUGGGUGAAUAAAUAGAAGGGUAGACAUGCCACACAGGAAGGU